AUGGCGACACUGGAAUUCGAGGUAAAAGAAAAUGAACUUGAUGAUGUCAGCUCAAAGAGUCCCAAUGGUAAGCGGAAUGUGGUGGUGUGUAGACCAGCUCAUAUUGCGUUUGUUAUUCUUGGAUUCUGCACUAUCACAACAGCGGUUGCCCUUAUGGUGUACUACAUCCCAGAUCGCACACAACUUGAAGGUACCAAGAUACCGGGUGAUGGCUCAAAACCUACCACGUCGUUCUACACUACAGCGCCCUAUGCACAGACGACGGAUCAGACAACAACUGUGAUAAAUGAGAGGCAAACCACAGAACCAAAACCAACCGAAGAUCCCCUGAUGGUGGGCCGGCUACCUGGCACCGUUUCACCCCAGCGAUACCUGUUGAACGUCCGACCUUUUCUUUAUGAGGACGAUGCACCGUAUUCCACGCUCAAUCGCUCGUACACCUUCGAUGGAUGGGUGAACAUCAAGGUUGAGUGCGUUGUCCCAACUGAGGAGAUAAUCCUGCAUUCCCACACGCUGACCGUGCACGGCACACCAAGUGUCACUGGCUUGGACACCGCUGACUCCCGCCAACUUUUGGACCAUUUUACCUUUGACCGAGGAAAUAUGUUCCUGGUUUUGAAGCUAAAGGAGAGCCUGCAGUUGCAUAAAAAUUAUGAAAUCCAAAUAGUGUACACGGGAUUGUUAGACAGUGAAAUCCGCGGAUUUUAUGUAAGCAAAUACAUCACGUCAGACAACAGGGAAAGACUUACAGCUACUACGCAAAUGGAAGGACCACACGCCCGCCGUGUCCUGCCUUGCUUUGACGAACCGUCUUUCAAGGCGUCGUUUGAUAUACAAAUCGAACAUCGCUACGAUAUGACCGCCCUGUCAAAUGGACUGGAGACGAAGACUAUUAAGCUGGAUGACCACUGGCACAGGACGUAUUUCAAGCGUGUCUCAGCCAUGCCGACUUACCUCCUGGCCAUGGUUGUACAUGACUUCCAAAAUAUCAACGGGACAACAGAUGAUGGCUGUCUGGUCCGUGUGUGGAUACGACCUGACUACAUUUCAAAAAUUUCCACAGCGCUAGACUUUGCAAUGAGGCUUCAGACAUACUUUAACUCCUUCCUGGGUAUGAAAUAUCCACUUGACAAGUUAGACCACAUCGGAAUAACAAUCAUGGGCGGAGCAAUGGAGAACUGGGGUUUGAUUACUUAUGAGGAGAAGCUGCUUAUAGAUCACGCUGAUGACCUGACUAUUACUCACGAGAUUUCCCAUCAGUGGUUUGGUAACCUUGUCACCCCCGAAUGGUGGGAUGAUCUGUGGUUAAACGAAGGUUUCGCCACCUACUACCAACACAUCGGCAUUGACUUCCUCAACUCGGGGCAAGAGGAGUAUCAGAAAUUCUAUCUGGAUACAAUGGAAAGAGCUUUCACUUUUGAUACUAAUUAUAUGAUCAUACGUCCCUUGAAAGACCCAGUCUCGAGUGACAUUGACGACAUUGAUAACCAGAUUGUUCUCUUUACUUACGUUAAGGGUGGCUCCAUUGUGUUUAUGAUGAAGCACUUCCUGGCAGAUGGAGUUUUUGAGAAAGGAAUUCGAAACUACUUGAAAGAACGCGCCUAUAAGAACGCCAAUAUCGACCAUCUGUGGGAGGAACUCUCUUAUGCUGAUCAAGACGUCGGGAAACACAACAUGAAAAGGAUCAUGGAUUCAUGGACUCUACAGCCCGGGGCCCCUCUUGUAACGCUCAACAGAACCGGUGACACAGUCUUGGCAACACAGAGAAGAUUGUAUACUGGGUUUCCACCUCAUCCGGGUCCUUUCAGCGAGCGUUAUUACAUACCACUUACCUGGGUCCACAAAUCGAAUUCAAGCAGUCCAACGACAGUCCUUAUGGAGCCCGACAAUGAAGAAACAAUCGUGCAUCUUGAAGGAGCAUCUGCUGAUGACUGGUACCUGGCCAACUUCUUGCAGACCGGAUACUAUUUCGUCGAUUAUGAUGAGGAGAAUUGGCUACGGAUUGUAGAACAGGCAGAGAGGGAUCCGAAUGUUUUCACAUUUCAGAACCAGCUGGGCUUGAUACGGCAGGUUAGAAAACUGGAAAUUGCUGGCAUUGUUCCGACUGAUAUAGCUUAUUCUCUGAUUGACGCUUUACGAAAUACCUCUCUCGGAACUAGGGAGGCGGCCUUGGAAGGAGACUUGCUCCGUCUAAGCCUACUGAGAGGGCAGAAGUCACAAAAGGCUAUCGAGCGACGCAUUUUGGAUGACAUUAAUUUUCUGUACAGUGAAGAAGGAUGGCAUGCGGCUACAACUAUCGACCCACUCUCAUCAAGCUGGCUUGCACGAAAGCAUCGCUUAGAUAUUACGUCAUUGGCUUGUUUCUAUGGCAACGAUGAUUGCGUUAGCAAAGCUACUGCACUCUUCAAAGAGAUAAUGGAGAACCCGUUUAAAAACAGUGUAAAGCCCGUGUUCCGACAUUUAGUGUUCUGCAACGGUAUACGGUAUGGCGGUCAAGUUGAGUGGGAGUUUGGAAUGAGGCAGAUGCGUGGAGCCACCAUGGAACGAGAGAGGACUCGAUGGGGCACUGCGCUCACUUGCUCUGCCAACGCAACUGCUCUCACACACUACAUUAGCAGCCUGGACGGUUCGUCGGAUGACGUGAAUGUAUUUAAGGUCAUCACAGCGUUGGCUGAUAACCCCAUUGGUGGAGACAUGGCCUGGGACUACAUCAAAAAGAACUGGGGGUCGCUAUUGAGCAAAUCCACCGAUGCCCAUUCUGCCUCCGAUCUUCUCCUUUCGGUCACAGCAUUUUUCAACACUGCCGAUGAACUUCAAGAGUUGCUCGACUUUGGAAAAGGGCGUGACUUUGGCCGAUUACAGCAAGCUUUUGACUUGGCUGUGAUGAGUGUAAACAAUAACAUAGGCUGGGUCGCAAAGCUUAACGGAGACUAAAAAGCUUCAAAUAAUAAGAGGGAAAAAAGAAAAUUGAAGUGUUUGUUUGGGCUGUCUACCUGCUUGAAUAUUUGUCUUGUGCUACAGGAAUCUUCCGUGAGUACAUAAACCUUUACCAUGCUAUUGUGUUUGGUGAUUUACUGACAUUGGCUGGAGUCAAUAUAGGAAUUUGUUUGUCCUGCUCAUGUUCAUUCCACCGACACAUUUCUGGGCCUCAGCUUUGCAAGAUAAUUCUUGUUUAAAAGCUUUUUACAAUUUACAAUCUGUACAGAAAUGAUUUACUGGGCCAAUUUGACAAAUGUUUGGUCAACGGUAUAAAUAUUUAUCUAAUUCUUUUGUUGCAAAGAAACGGACUUGACAAUCAUUUCAAAUUAAUAGGCUAUUUAAAUAGAGGAAAUUGGGACUUUUAUUCAGUAAUAAUGUAAGCAUUUAGCACAGUGGGCUAGUUAGCUUUGUUUAACUUUGUUGAAGCGUUGGCAUUUCCUUAUUGUGAUAUAAAAGAGCGAUUUCAUGUUUUUUUUUUAUUAUCCAGUCGAAAAUUCAUACCUGUAUGAGACGUGUAUACACAAGGUCAAUCACUUAUUUACUACUAUUACUAUCGAACGAUAUUGAUUACCAGUAUUGCUGAAUGAAGUAGUUUGAUAGGUUACUGUAAUAGUUUGAUUUAGGUUACUGGCAAGAUUUUAGGUCUACCAUCAUCUGCCGUGUUUCAGGCUAUUAAGCUUUCUUGAGUGAGCACAGGCUGAUGGGGGGAGGGGCCAUAUGUGCCCACCAAAAACCAUUAAAACAAAUUAGUCAAAGACGUAUUUGUUUCAUUUCCUAAAAAAGCGUGUGAAAAG